AUGGGGACAUCCUCAUCGCGGUGGUGUAGGUUGCGAACGACCUGGGCCAUCAGAGACGCCAGCGUGAAGCUCAAGCCCUUGGUGAAGCGCCGUGCCUCGACGGCUGGGCAGACUACUAUGGCAAUCCAAGCGGACAUGCCCAAGGUGACAAAGUUCAUCGUGACGGCCAUGAACGCGCGGCUGACUGUGUUGUGCUUCCAAAUGUGGUUUAACCAUCCGUGGAAGACGGGCGAGGUGACUGUGGUGCCGUGCGUGGGGUCGUGGGUGAACGCCUCGGCAGAUUCGAGGACGUUUCCAGAUGAGGAGGAUAACGAGGUCAAUCAUGUUCCAGUCGUGAUUCGGCAGUUGGGGAUUAUGGACCAAUUCGCCGGAAUCCGAAGCGUCGACGCCACCCCCGUACAGAUGCCCAAACCGCCGGAGUCUGUGCGGCCCAGGCUUCUGAAUGCAAAGUUGAGCCAUGCGGCGGCAGGAUACGCAGCAACAGGCACCAAGUAA